ACCAUAAUUUAUUUACCAAAAAAAAAAAUUAUCCGACGCCCAUACUGAGUCAUAAGAGUCGAAUUUACAGGGUCCAGAUCAGGAUUGCAGGGUGUACGUCAUCAUUCACAGCGGCCAGUACAGUACCACUUCCAUAUUGUGAAAGGUCAUCUAGGGUCAAAGAUGGCCUCCGACACUGGUCCAGGACACAAGCUUCAGUAUGGAGCACAUAGCAGUGCUACUAAAUUGUGGGUGCUGAUCAACGUCAUUACCUGUGUCUUCUUCACACUAGCAGGUUUAGUCCAGAUUAAUGACCAAGACCCAUAUUUAUGGAUGCCUGUGUACCUCAUACCAGCUGCACUGUGUUUCUCAAUUGUUUGGAAUGCUGAUAUUGUUGAGAAGGGUUGGUGGAGGAUGAUAGCUGUCGGACAUCUCAUUGCUUGUUUUAUCUGUACGUGUGUUUUAGGAGCAAUGGUUAUUCAUUAUAUGGAAGAUAGAGUUAUGAAUCCUCUAAGAUAUGAAGAAGGAAGGGAGCUUAGUGGUGUCUUGAUAGUGGAUGUCUGGUUAAUAAUCUGCUUAUGUCGUUGUUGUGGAGUAGUUAAAAAUGGUACAUCAACAGGGCAGAUCAGCGUGGUUAUGUGGCUAACACUCAUCAUUAGUCUAAUGCCGAUUGUCUUCUGGGGGAUGUGCUGCUUCUCACGGUUCAACCAUUGCAUGGACAUGUGGUGACUAGUCCCCUCCUCUUGGUCAGGUUAGCCGCUAAGACCAAGAACUAUUCCUCAUCAUUAUCCCCUCAUGAGGGCCAUGAUGCAACGAUCGGACCUUCCACUGCAGUAUUCUUGGACAAUGUUCACCAUGUAUUUGUAUAUAUUUGAAAUAGUACUUGCAGCAUCCAUUAUUUUGGGAUUCAAUCUUGAAUAGUUCCGAUCCCGCGUUGGAUACAUUGCACAGCAAGACGCAUACAUUCGUAAUUCCGAAGCUUCGUUAUUCCGAAGGUUCGGAUAUUCCGAAGGUUCGUAUUUCCGAAGGUUCGUAAUUCCGAAGGUUCGUUAGUCCGAAAACGAAAUGAGGUUCGUAAUUCCGAAGGUUCGUUAGUCCGAAAAAGAAAUGAGGUUCGUAAUUCCGAAGGUUCGUUAGUCCGAAAACUAAAUGAUUAACUAACCAUAUUUCGUUUUCGGACUAACGAACUUCGGAACAACGAACCUUAUUUCGUUUUCGGAUUAACGAACCUUCGGAACAUCGAACCUUAUUUCGUUUUCGGAUCAACGAACCUUCGGAACAUCGAACCUUAUUUCGUUUUCGGAUUAUCGAACCUUCGGAAUAACGAAUCUUCGGAAUAACGCCACAAAUGUUCGGAUUAACGAACCCUUUUACGUUUUCGGAUUAACGAACAUCGAGGUAUAGGCAAUUUGCUUGUUUCGGAAUUACGAACCUUCGGAAUAAAGAACCUUCGGAAUUACGAACCUUCGGAAUUACGAAGUGUAACCACAGCAAGAAGGGUCAGUGCUACCAGGCCGUCUGGAGUUCUAGUCUCUAGAAGAAGUGGAUAGACUAUAAGAUGUUACAUGGUUAACUCCACUCCAUACGACAGGUGGUAUCAUUCUCUUCAUUAUAACCCCCUCUUCUUCGCAAGCAGACACGCAAAGUCAUGGUGACUCUCAUUAAAAUAUGUUGAAAGAAACCUGUUUGCAUUUUGAUUGUGAUUCUCUAUAGAAAGUCUGAAAUUGAUUUUAGUAAAGCAAGUUAUUUCAAAGUUUAAUUUUGACUGACAUAUGAUUGAUUUUGGGGACAUAGCAUUGACUUGUAAUUUCUUGCAACAUCCCAUACAGUUUUAACAUUAUGCUACUUAUAGUUAGAAAAUUGAUUCCACCAUGUUUUAAUUCGCUACACCAUUUGUGAAAACCCGAAAAUUUUCACUAAGAUGACAAGAAUAUUAAAAAGUUGUGGAUAUAAAAAAAAUGAGAUUGUCAAGUCUAUGCAAAACAACAAAAUUGUUAAACAUGCCAAGCAAGUCUAAAAGAUAUUACCGGUAUAUACAGAAAAGUUUCUUAAUUAUUGUGAACUAAAAUGAAGGCUUAUUCAGAAGUUUGAAAAUAAGAGCAUAUACCAGGAAUCAUGAUGUAUUAGAUGAGUCAGUGCUGAACAGGUAAAUUGUUAAAAAAAAUUGAAAUGUAUUGAAAAUUUGAUAAUGGUUUUAUGAUUAUGUUGAUACAUCGCAGUAACACAAUUUGCCCAAAAUGUUGAUUAUGUAAAGUUAAUCACUAUUCAUUGACCACAAUUGAUGCUCUAUGUUGCUUUAAACCAUGUUUAAACCAAUUCGGGAAUUUGUAAGUUGGUACCGAAAUGCCCAUGGACAAACAACGAUGUAAAACUUUUAUUUCCCUCUUCCUUGCUCCGUCUCACAGACUUGCAGCUCAUAAUGAACGUAUGUUAUGAAUUUUCAGACGUGAUGUAUCGUGUUAUCAGCAGUAUUUAGCUGGCGUUAAUCAAAUAUCGACCAGCACUGAUUCUGACACAAAGUUCUUAAAGUGACUUGUCGGUAAGAUAGUUGUCAAGUAUAUUUAUGUACAGUGUAUUGUUUUAGGAUCACUUGUGACAAUUUGCAUGCACCUGGCCCAAAUGCUGUUAAAGUUGAUUGAAUUAAAGUUUGAACCUUUAUAUAGGUAAAUGUUAGGUGUAGAUCAACACUGUCAAAGAUACCCUUCCUGUGUGAAUUUCGGCUUUUGUUUACCAGACUUGAUAAACUGGUAAUAAAGCAAAAUAAAAUAUUAUUUUUAUUCAACAAGAUGGCAAAGAAUGACUUAUAAUGGUACUAUAAGACCAAAUGGCAUUAAGAUUAAGUUGAAAGUAAACCAAAUUGUUUGAUGCUAUGAUAGGCUUAUCUUGGACAUACUUUCACCAAAUAUUUAAUUGCACACACCACUGAAAUGCUAAAUUUUGCCAUCCACUUGCAGUAUUCUGGAAAAAAAAUCUACUAAGGAUUUAUUUAAAUAAGUUAAAUAUUCCUAUCUUUUUCUUUGCAUUUCUUGAAAAAUAAAUCAAUUGAGAUUAUUCCAUGAUUGAAGUAAUCUUCACAGGGUAAAUACAUGGACAGCACGGUAUUCUGAAAAUAUAAACUUUUACAUUUAAAGUUAAAACCAGACUUAAUUUGGUUCUGUGAGAAUUACUUAUCAAAUACUAACCAUGAUAGCAGCUUGUUAUAAAGCUAAACUGCGAUAUCUGUUCAACAUGUAGGCAGAUUGAAAGUGAUUGUUAAAGCAGAUACGAUCCAGUAGCGCCAUCUCGAGUCCUCAACUACUCAUACCUGGCCAGUUUCCUGACCAAUCAUGCGAGUGUAUAUAGACCCACUUGAAUGGUAACAAGCUAAUUAACUACUCAAUACAUUUAUACCGCAACAAUUGUGUUACCAAGUAGCAAAACAAUUACUUUUCCUCUCAAAACAUUUUAGUUUCUCUAUACAAAUACAAUUAUAGGUCAAUUUUUUCUCUGUAGUAUUAGUAGAUAUCUGAAAACAUAUAUUUUAAGACUAUGUAUUUUAGCACACAGUCAAUGAGAGGCCAUACACAGUUCACCCCCCUUCAAGAAUGAGGAAUGAUUGAUUUUAUUACCAAAAUAAUGGCAACAUGUAAGUCAAAACCAAGACGUAGAGUGUCGGAUGAUGAGAGAGUAGAGUACCCCCCCCCCCCCCCUGGGUGUCAUCACAGUCAGAGAUGAUAGCAGUUGAUUACAUACAUCCAGGUUAUGGGGGGGGGGUAGAAAAAGUACUUCUAGUUAAA